ACGACAACAAGAUGGAAACCGAAGAUAUAAUAGAAAGUGUCGAUAAGAGUGAAGAUGUGGUCGACUGCUGCGCCAAAAUCGAUUCGUUGCAGAUAGAUGACGCGGAAAAAUCCGAGUUGUUGCCGAGUCCUGCGAGCACAGCUCACGCGAGACGACAGAGGCUGAAAUCUAUAUCCCUAGACUCAGAUAACGCCAAAAUCAUCGAACAAAAUCUUGGAUUGCCAAUCGCGAAGCAGAUGAAGGAUCAAAUGAACGAAGCGUACAAAAAUCAGGAGGUCAGCACAUCUUAUGAGAGUAUGGAACGGUUUUCCAAAACGCCUACGAACGAGAAACCGAUUUUCAAGUUUGAUGAAGACGUUAAAGACAAGCAUCAAGAACCGAUCUCGCCUGAUCUGAAGAAGAAGAGUUUGCGGCAAAGUGAUACUCAGUCCUUCCUAGACAUGCCCAGGUUUUCGCCAAAAGAAUUCGAAAUUACCGUCACUACUGAAGAAGGUUCGACUAUGGCUGCAGAUGUUCAAACGAAACGAAAAGGCAAACCGAAUCUGACGAUAGACCUUUCAAUCCGCGAUCAGGAAUUGGAGAAGGAACUUUUAGAAUUCGAAAAGCUUUACUCAAAUUCAGAAGAAAAGAAAGUUAAAACUCCUACUCUGAAAGUUAAAUCGACUUCGUUAGACUCUUCUGAGACUAGCAACUUAUCCCUCCCGCAGAAAAAGGCUCUGGACGUCCCACAGAAUUCAGUAUCAGUGCCGAACACUCCUAAGCGGCAGUUAAAACGCAUCCUUGCUCAAAAAUCUAAAGAUUUCACAGGCGGAAAGUUAGGGUUCAACUCCAUACAGAGUAACGCAGAACGUCGCCUUUACAUGAAGGGUCAAGACAGUGGCAUAUUCUUGAGAGAGAACCAUGCAUCUCUGAUGCUCUACCAGCCAGGAUCAUCAAGGAUGGGCUCACGAACGAUGGGAUCUUUCGACGAAAACAUGACCGAAAAUCCACCAGAGAUAAACAUAUCCGGGACAGAUAACAGGAGCUAUGCGGUUGAACCGGGACACACUUUGGGUUCUAACCUUUUUAAACAGAACCUUAGUGUUUCUAGUACUAAUUUGAAGACUUUGCCAGAAGGCGUGCCCUCUGACAACUUCGAGCCAAGUGCGGAAGACGAGAAGAUUACAAAGAAGUUACAUAGAAGGAAUUCUAACCAAAGUCUACUGCUAAGCACACACAGUUUACAAAGUUCAAACUGUUCGCUCAACAGUUCUGGAGCGUCCUGUCAUAACCUAACCACAGUUAGAACCAGUUUUAGCAAUUUCAGUCUCAACUCUGACUGUCGACAAAAGAAGCUAUCAUUGGAACGAAGGGAUUCGUUAAUAAAUACGGAACAUUUGACGCCAACAACUAGAGUCAUUUGUACGUCAAAUACUAACGUAAGUGGGGAGUCGAAGAACUGUCUUCUGCAACGUCGUGGCUCGAAUAAUAGUCUGACUUUGAAUAUAUACUCUUCGAAUAACCUGAGCAGACAUUCUAGCAAUAGCUCUUUGAAUAAAGAAGCGAAACCUUUGCAAAAGAAGGGUUUGUUGGAACGCAGAAGUUCAAACACCAGUCUUACUCUAAACAUAAACAAUUCUAACCCCCAACUGUCUGUGAAUCGGGGUUUGAGUAUCUCCAACUACAACCUGAACGGAUCGACUUGUAACUUGAGUAGAUACAACAGCAACCUCAGCAUCGACAACCCAACAGUCGAACCUAGAAAAGGUAUUUUAGAACGACGCAGCUCCAACACUUCUUUAACCUUAAACAUCCAAAGACAAGAACCGAGGGAUUUGGAAAUCGAUGAAAACUUAAUCGAACCGAACUUAAAAGACUUGCCGCAUAGAGAUAAGCAUAGAAAAUCAUUAAGCACUGAGAACUUAAUACCUAAGUCUUAUAAAUGCCGAAGUAGACGUCCGAAUGAGAAAGGGAUGAGUUUCGGAUCUCACGACAACCUCUGGUCUAAUUCGUAUUCAGAGCCAGAACAAGAGUACCCACAAAAUUUGACAUUCGUUUGCGGCGAUCAGGAGAAUGAGAUCAUCUACGCAUUCGGAAGGCAAGAAGACCAGAACUACCAGCCGGGUUUCGUCAGAAAUAUAACGACGAAGCCUCUCAGUCCUCAGACAACUUCAGAAGACUUCAGAUUGUAUUUGGCGAAUAUGCAACAUCUCCAGAACGCAACAAGGUUGCUAACUAGACAGCAGCUCAGAGAUUUGAGCGCGAUUUUCCAGAAUGGUUACACGGAGGUGCCUUGCGUGUCGAAGGAGCAACCAUGCUGUACCAUCAGGAAACUGGACGAUAUUUCGAAGGAUAAUCCUCAGAUGGCUUUACCAGAUCCGGCGAUGGCGAAUCCUUGCACGGAAUACCAGAAGAAGCUGUUACGCAGUGUACAUCAGGAGUUUUGGGAGAUGCCGACCAAUUUCCAAGAAAAGCCCAUAGUGUCCGGGUCGCAUCCUAAAAAUAGAUAUAAGACCAUACUCCCCAAUGAACACUCGAGGGUCAUUUUGAAGCCAGACGCGGGGUCAGCGACCGAAGGAUAUAUUAAUGCCAAUUAUAUUAAGGGGCAUGAGUACACGAAGAACAGUUACAUCGCGACCCAGGGCCCGCUCCAGAACACGAUCUACGAUUUCUGGCUGAUGGUUCAUCAGAACACGACGGACCAUCGCCUCCAGAACCCCCCGGAACCGGACCAGCCGCCAGGGGUGCAGAAAAUCGUGAUGCUCACCAACUUAUCCGAAAACCAACGGCAAAAGUGCGAGCAGUAUUUCCCUGUGGGACUGAACGAGGAGAUUACCUUCCACAGUCCAGAGUACACAGAGUCUGCCAGUUUUUUCGACGACGCUGAGCUGUUGAGGAACAGCUUCACCAUAAAAAAUGUUGGUAUGGUCAAAAAGUGCGGGUAUACCAUACGGAAAUUACAAGUGAAGUACAGCAAGCGACAAAAGUGCGAAGUGACUAAAAGAGAAAGUGAAAAAGUGAGCGAGCAAAGUGAUGACAGUGAUAGUGACAUAACAGUGUACCACUAUUGGUUCGACAAUUGGGCUGAUCAUAAGUGUCCUAAGGACGUGAAUGCACUUUUGAAUCUGAGUUUAGACGUCCUAAUAGGCGUGUCGUAUGACUUUGUCAACUCCUUGGACGAGGUUAAUGAACUGUGCCCGUGUGAGAGUCCUAAAGCGGACUUACAUUUCAUUUACCCCCCUUCGGAAUCCGAAGAGGCGAAGUGUAAGGUUAACAUACCUGAUAUUCCUGUGGUAACGCCGUUGCAGUUCGCUCUAGACCGUUGUCCCCCUACGAUUAUCCACUGCUCAGCUGGUAUAGGCCGGACUGGCUGCCUUAUAGGCAUUUUGAACGGCAUAAAGCAACUGGCCAAUGAGCACAAAGUUGACGUUUUGGGCAUAGUUUGCAAUAUGCGACUCAAUCGGGGCGGUAUGGUACAGAAUUCUGAACAGUACGAGUUAAUACAUAAGGUUCUUUGUCUAUUUGAGCGGGCGUGCUUAGGGUUAUAGCUAGGUUAGAGAUUUCCUAUUUAUUUGUGAUGUGCGAGAGAUAUUACGUCUAUCCAACAUUCGUCAAUCAUGAUUUAGGAUUAAAAUAAUAAUCGACCUUAUUAUUACUGCAUAAUGAUCGUUAUUUGUAAGGUCGCAUGCUGAUUGACGGAAUACCAUGGUAAAACCACGAUCACACCAUAGACAAUUAGUGCCGACGGAAUCAAUCAACAUACUACCAUAGAAUAAGGAGUAAUACUGCGCAUAGAAUGGCAACUCUCCGCUCCCCACCAGCGU